GUAGCACUCGCCGCCUCAACCAUGGCGUCUAUAGUGCUGAAGUCGCUUUCGGUUUUGUUAGGUAUAUUCUUUAUUUUUGUAGGUACAACGAAAUUAACUCCAAAAAUCAGCAAGGAGCUUCAUAAAGAUCUGCGGAAGGAGUUCGCACGCUACAGCAAGGUCUUCCCCCUGGCGCAGACGCUGGAGUUCAAGAUCCCGUCCAAAUGGUACCGCAGGACCGUCGGCGGACUCGAGGUCCUCUGCGGCUUCUGCCUGACCUUCAUCCCUUCGAAGAGAAUUAAACAAAUGGCCAACCUCAUCCUGGUGGUGAUGAUGCUGUUCGCCACCUACAACCACUGGAUGGUUGGAGACAAGUUCGAAAGACUUGCGCCCUCAUUGGUGUUCUUCUUCAUGCUCACGUGCCGGAUGAUCGUCGAGUACCAGAUCCGGCGGAAGGAGAAGGAGGAGAAGCUGAGCCUGAAGAAGCCGGCCGCCGCCGCGAGCGCCAAGGAGGCCGGCGUCGACGGCGCGGCCGGCAGCUUCCCCAGCGCGGCGGCGACUCCGCCUCCGCCGACAGUGGCGGCCGAGAGCAGAGCGAAGAAGGAGGACUGAAGACCCCUGCCGGGUGUUACUGUCAAACGAAAGCAAGCCAAGAAGAGAUGACUGUGAAGAAGAGGAGAGGGAAGGGAAGAAGGACAGACGCGAAGAAAAUAAUGCGAUAAGAAAAAUGGGAUAUUAAUUGUUUUUUGUUAUGCGUUGUGUACACUGGUUCAUUUCUGUAGUUUUGAGAGGAUGUGAAAUUUUAGGAGACAGUGACUGAAAAAUGAUUUUUUUCCUUUUUUCUUCUUUAGAAAUAUUGAAGGGUAGCUUUCCGGCAGGGCUGAUUGUGUUAUACUUUGCCUGUAACAAUAUUAGAGUGAACAGAACCUAUAUGAAUAUAGGUUUACAGGGGUGUUAAAUGAAAAGAAUGUAUGAUACCAUUCUUUUCAUAAUAUUUAAGAAAUAGAGAGUUAUACAUUUUAGUCCGCAAUUUAGAAGGAGUUUGCUAACCUUUUAAAAGAUAAGAAAUAUAAUGUCAUGAUAACGUUGAGAUUAUAUUAUAUACAUCUUAAGAGUAGAAAUAACAUUGCAUCGGAAAUUCAAGUAAGCGUAAUGAUUAUGUAUAGAAAUGCACAUUUCCUGUUAUACAGAAAUGGAAUGCACGUACCGCAAUCCUCCAUCAAGAUUUUUAAAAUGUCUUAGAAAUGUCAAUACUAAAUACUUUACCACUUUUAUAUGCCAUCAAAACAUAAAGAAAACAAAAACAUGAGCAGAUAUUCUAGAAAGAAUUAGGACAUGCAACAUCAUUACUUAAGAGUGUUACUCGUAAAUAUUUUGAUGUGUAAUCUUUUAUAAGAAUCCCUAGUAA